CUACCAUUGCCGUCAACGCCUCCUGCUAGCCGGCGGCGAUGCACGGUAGUGUCCUCGAGCACGGCGUGCACGCAUCGUGCUGCGAAUGUUUCACGAGUCUCGCGCGGUGCGUCAGACAAAAACGCGUUGUGUCGUCGUGAGAGACGAGUGACGGGCCAAAGUGUGCAUCCCUUCGAGAAUUCUACCGGUGUUAUCGAGACUCGGCUCAGACGCCUCGUCGAUGCCACGCGUAGUGUAUGGGAAACAGAUCGUACAAAUCAACCGCCUUCUAACAAGCCACAUUAACCUCAAGUGAUUUCUAUUUUCUUACGAAUCGCGAAAGAAGUAAUUAGUGUGUUUAUAUCGACGAUAACGAAAAGAGAAGAGUAAACGACGAGGAAGAAACAUACAAAACAAACAAACAAAACAAAACAAAACAAAAAAAAGCAAAAGAUUAUUCCAAGAGCUUAGGUUCGCGAGAGCAGACAAAGGUUUAAGAGCUAUAGUAUCUAACUAGUGUACAAAGUAUAUCUGAGGAUAAGGGAAACCGUGGGAGGGGUAGAAAACGAAAAAAAAGAAAAAAAAACGAAAAAGAAAAAUAACUAAAAGUCCGCCAGUGCCAAAUCGAGAGAAAGAGAAAGAGCGAGAUAAAGAGAGAGAGAGAGAGAGAGAGAGAGAGCGAGAGAGAGAGAGAGGGAAACAAGUAACAAAAGCAAGGAGAGAAAGAGAAACGGGAUAAAAAGGAUUGUUGUACAUUAAGGAAAUACCGUGGAGAUAACGAGAGUGCGUCGGAAGACAGGAACAGAACAGAAACAUCGCGCGAAACGACAAACCGUAAACCAAAGAAUCUACCAUUUCAUUUUUUUUUCUACUAAUCAACUCAGCAAAGUAACGAUACUCAACUAACUCAGUGGACAAGGAGCGAGAUUAAAUUAAGAUCCCGAGAGCAAACACAGCAAGCAAAAGCAAGCAAGCAGAGCCAGCCGAGAGGAACCGGUGUUUUCUAAGGGGCACAACGUCCCGCCACAACGUGAUCAAAGGGGUACAAGUUAGGGUCUUCGAACGAUCCAUCACUUUUCUUUCGAGAGGACUGACCAAAACCAGUCCCCGCCCAUCCGGAGCAUCAGCCCAGCGUAACCAGUGUGAAAGAGAGAGAAAAAGAGAGAGAGAAAGAGAGAAAGAGAGAAAGAGAGAGGGGACUCGCGCGUGAUUACUCCCAGAGAAACCGAUCUACUUCAGUUCGUAGCCUAAACCUGUUGAGUACAAACGACAGAAAUAGAAUUAUAGAGAAAUUGAGCGAGUGAGCGAGAGAGCGAGAGAGAGAGAGAGAGAGAAAGAGAGAGAGAGAGAGAGAGCGAGAGAGUCGAACAAAGCGAGUACGUGAGCGAACGAGCGAAAGGGACGAGUGAACGAGAUCAUAAUAGAAGAGCUAGAAGGGGCGGAGCAGAUAGACUCAGGAAAGCGACUUCUCCGGGGGACCCCAGACUUCAGAGGGUUUCAGGACGCCAGGGGAUCCAGAAACUCGGAGGAUUCACCUUAGAAGAUCCAAGGUAAUCAGGGGACUCGGGACAUCGACAGACACCAGGCUUCGGGAGAGCCAAGGCAUAGAGGGUCCAAGACCUCCGGUGAUCCAAGGACACAAGGCUCCAGAAGACACGAGACUUUGGGGUGCUCAAGACCCCAAAGGACCUGAUACUCUAAGAAGCUCAAGACCUCGGAGGAUCCAAGACACUAGAGGAGGGGAUCCAAGACCCCAAAGGGCUCUUCCACGCGACUCAGGGCUUUAGGAAGCCCAAGACCCCGUAGGACCAAGGAUUUUUGAGGAUCGGAGGCUUCAGAGGACCCGGGACUUCGAGAGGACCAAGACAUCAGGGUGCGCCCAGUGUCCGGAGUAGCAAGGCAUCAGGGGGCGCAGUGCACGGAAGACGGAAAACAUCAGAUGCCCCAGAGUCCGGAGGCUGCUAGCGGCGAGACGUUAGUGAAUUAGCGUGUUGCUCUCGACCUAGCGUCGAAGAGCGUCUCGGGUUGGUUGCUUAGGGGUGGCCGAGUGAUCCGGUGCAACGAGUAUCGUGUCGCAAGGUAGCUGGACCUCCUGCUCGCAGGGGGCACUCGUCGCGAUGACGUGGCGGGGAAGAUGAGCGCCGAGGUCACGAAGGAGGUCGUCGCCUCCGAGAGGGUACCAGGCAGCCCUCCGGCGGCGGUAGCGACCUCGCCAGGUGGCUCGGUCGGGCCAGGUGAUCCGGCGCGUCACCUGCCGCCGUUCAGCAGCUUCGCCGGGGACAACGCGAUGGACAGCUCGACGACAUUGACUACCCUUCACCCGCAAGACGUGGGGCUAGGUCUGACGUCCUCAUGGGACUACUACGAGGGCUUGACCGGCCGGUUGAUCGACUCGCGGGGCGAGGUGGUGCUCGCCAGCCAGUACCGGCCGUGGGAGUCGAAGAACGCGGUCGGGGGCGGCGGCCCGCCCGGCGAAGGCUUGCCGAGCUUCGCGAGCCAAUUCACCGCUCCGAGCGAAGCGGAGCCCCAAUUAACGGCGCUCACGCCAUUGUCGCCCGCCUCGAUAUCGCACUCUCCACCUGUCACGUCCGCGGUCGGCCUGCCGAGCUUCCAUACACUUGGCACACCGCUGCCCGCGCCGCAUCCUCACAGAGGCGCCGUCGGCUAUCCGCUGGUCCCGGCCCCGGUCCAGGCCAGAGAGGUGCCGGCCCUCCAGCAACAGCUACUCGAUGAAAGGCACAUUCAACUGCUGGGAUCCAGCCCGGUCCAGGCAUUCCCGCCGCCGCCGCCGGGGCAUCCUCAUCACACCGUGCUCACCGUCGUCAAGCCCGACUACCCGCAGCUGCACCACGCCAACUUCCAGAACCCGAUGUCCACGGUCCUCGACUCCUCGCCCACCUCCAGGCCAAUCGGCAUCGAUGGCCGGAAGAAGGAGCGCAGAAAAAUACGCGCCGGCUCCAUGGAGUCCGAGGACAGCGCCGGGGCCGGCAACGUAGAGAGCUCCGGGCAAGUGGCCGCGGUCUCCUCCACCGCGAACAGGGGGCCUCAUCACAUGGGCGGCGGCAUGACCGACGCCGACGGCGACGGCGGCCUCAGCGACAAGCCCGCCAAGAAGAAACGGAAACGGUGCGGAGAGUGCAUUGGCUGCCAGCGGAAGGACAACUGCGGGGACUGCGCGCCCUGCAGGAACGACAAGAGCCAUCAGAUCUGCAAGAUGAGGCGCUGCGAGAAACUCACCGAGAAAAAGCACCUGUACCACCUGCAGACCGGCGAGGGCGCGUUCCGAGAGCGGGGGAGGGGACGAGGCAAAGGCGCAACCAGGAGUUAUCGGAAGAUCGCCCGCCAAGUCAGCACACCAGACAGCGCACCUGCAGGCUUGGGCAGUCCACAGGCUGGUAUAGGCGGUCUGCAGCAGCACCAACAACAACCACAACAACAAACUCAACAAACGAUUCAUCAACCGGAUCCCAUGCAGCAGUCCAAGGACAGCUUGAAUCCCGCGGCGAACCAGCAAACCGGCGCCCUCAGGAACGGAAAUCCGCCGCCGCCUGUCGUUUCUAUGUCACCGGGUGUGAUGCCAUUUUACGGCGACUCGAGCGCCGGCUUCCGGCCGGCAGCCGGGUUCGGGAAUACAGUAUGGCACCAGGGAGUCGCCCCCGUGGGAGCAGUCGCGGUUGAAACGUCAGCAACGCCAUGGCCACCUCAGCAGUUCAUCCAGCAAAUACCGGCCCCGAAUCAGCUCGAAGAGCUGAGGUACCAUACCCAGUACACCACCGCGGCGCCUUACCAUCCGCAGCCAGUCGCAUAUCAGCAGCAGACUUUCAUUACGACGGAUCAGUCGGCGUUUCAGCGUGCCGGGGCGACAGGACAAUACACAAUCACGGGGCAGCCCUCGCCCUUGCCGCCGGUCGCCCCGCAAACGGUACCAUCGACAGCUCAGAGGCCACUAAACGGUCAAUUCAUGGAUCCCGCUGCCGCAGCGACCCAAUCAGUUGGUUAUGAAAGGCAGGAUUACGUGAAUGGCUACCAACAACAGGACGUGACGAUGGCACCGCCACCGUCGACGACCCCGACGAGCCGCAGCAGCUCGGUGCACAUGGAGAACCAGCAGCAGCAGGGCACGCAGCAGCAACAGUCGCAGCAGUCGCAGCAGCCGCAGACCGACACGCAGGUGAAGGGAUUCGCGGCGAUCGCCGCAAGCAAUGUGUCGGGAAACGAGAUGCCUGGGUAUCCACUUCAACCGGGCCCACAGAGUUUACACAACUCUAACGGAUAUCCAGGCUACGUGGAAAUGGGUCAACAACACGUGGCGAACCAUCAGUGGCAGCAGCAGGUUGCGCAGCAGCCUCAGCACCAACAGCAACAACAACAACAGCAACAGCAGCAUAUGCAGAGACAGCACACGGUGGGGGAUGGCGGCCAGCGACACAUCUGGUCGGAUACUAGUACCGGCGCAAAGAUCAACAACGUGAGCAACAGCAUGAACUGGUCGGACGGAACGAUGCAGCAACACCAGCAACAACAACAGCAACAGAAGUCCUCGCAGCAACAGAAUAUGCAGAGCAACAGCAUGAAGGCACAGGAGCAGCAGAGCAUGCAGAUGCAGGCUCAGCAGGAGCUGCCUAGGCCAGCCAGUCACAUGAGCUGGGAGAACGGCAGCGUGAAGGAGCCGCAGACGCCUCAGUCGUGGUCGGACAACGCGGAGAGCCAGCAGCAACCGAGUCAGGGGACCUGGUCCCGGCAGAGUCCGAAGCUGCGGGACGGCCAGAAUCCGAGAUUGACACCCUCUAGUCAACAGCAGGCGCAGCACCAGGCCUGGCUGCAGCACUCGCCGAAGCUGUCGGACCACCAGCAACCUCAGCAGCACCAGAACGCCAGGAUGACGCCGUCCGGACAGCAGCAGCAGCAGCAGCAGCACGGCUGGCAGCAGAGUAGCCCGGAGUUGCAGCAGAACACGAGCCAGUCGAACAACCCGAGGCUAACGCCGUCCGGCCAGCAGAUGCAGCAGCAGCAACAGCAGCAAUGGUCGCAGCAGACGAAGAUCGAGAAGAGUCCCAGACUGACGCCGUCGAACCAGAUGUCCUGGCCGGACACGCCCACUAGUCAACCGAAUUGGUCGCCGAACAGUAUAAAGAGCGACGGCAGCCAGCAGCCUCAGCAACAGUGGCCCGACUCCCAGCCCAGCCCGAGGAGGACGCCCGGGCACCAGCCUGCCGCGUGGCAGCAACAACCGCAAGAGACCAAGAUGGAGAGCCAGAUGUCCUGGUCGCCGAGCUCGGUGGCGGAGAACCAGCCGACUUGGGGCCAACAGGCGACCAAGCAGGACAUGCAGAACUCCGGCGAAAGAGUGCUGUGGCAGCAACAGCAGCAGCAGCAGACCAGCGACGCCAGUAAACCGAACGGAUUCUCGGACGGCCAAGAUGCUCAGGAGAGUAACGUAUUUGCUCAAUCUAAUCGUGUUAAUUUAAACAGCCGACUGAAAUCGAUGAUACUGAACAAGCAACAACAGCAGCAGCAGCAACAACAACAACAACAACAGCAGCAGCAGCAGCAGCAACAACAACAACAACAACAGCUGCAGCAACACCAACAGAUGCAACAGUCCCAGCAGCACCAGAUGUCCCACCAGGAGCAACAGCAUCACAGUCUCCAUCAUCAGAUGCAGUCGCAGCAUGUGAACAGCAACAGCGGCGCGAACGGCGAGUACCAUCACGGGGAGGACAGGGUGCGGGACGAGAACGCGGAGAAGCUUCAGGAAAAGCAGAACGAUCAGUAUCUGAGCCAAUCUGGCAUGAUCUCCAUGUCGCAGUCGAACGAAUCUCUGACCGGUAAUUUUUUAUUGCAUAGCCACCACCCUCGGGUCGAUAGUUUGCCCGACGGUGGUGGCUUAUGGGAGUGGUCAGGAGGAGGCGGCGCGUUGACGAGCAGCGGCGCGCUGCCGGAGAACGGGAUCCCGUCGAUCGAGAGCUUCAUGAAGUUCGGCGAGGCGAAGACCAGCCUCGAGAAGCCGUGCGAGAAACCGUGCGAGCGCGUCGGCGAGCCGGAGAGCAGGGAGGAGGAGCUCUGGAAAGAGGGCGACAAGAACGAUGACAAUCAGACCGAUGACAAGUCCUUCCAAAGGGGCUUGUCCGCGGAGCGGGGUAACGGGUUCGAGGAACGCCCGACGAAGAAGCUGGAGGAGAAGAGCGAGGCCGGCGAGGCUCUCGAGUUCCAGGGCGUGACGUUGGAGGAGGACCGAGCCGAGAGUGUGCCGGAGAAGGAGGCGUCGACGACGGACGCGAAUUGCGACAGCUCUCAGAUCAUCAAGCAGGAGAACCUUGGGGACUACGCGUGCUCGGGCUCGGAGUGCGCCCCGUCGCCCACCGCCUCGUCGAAGAGCGACGGCUAUCAGGCCAGGGAGAUCAAGACCGAGCCGGACCAAAGGUCGCAGGACGCCAGCGAGUCGUAUAAGUUCCGUGGGGACGGCGGGCCGGCGAAAGUGUCGCCGGGCGUCGGUUCCUGGUGCUGCCGCCGCGGCGGCACCGAGCAACCGACACCCGAGCACCUGCGCGAGGGCUGCUGCCAGGGUCUGCAGACUCGGGACGAGAUCCUGGCCGAUUCACCCGAGAAGCCCGAUAAGACGGACGCCGGCGGGCCGCAGAGCCCGCGCGCGGUCCCGGCCACCACGAAACUCCAAGAUCACUUGGACAAACUGAAGAACAAUGUGAGGACCGAAGUGCCGGACUGCAACUGCUUCCCAGCCGACAAAUGUCCGCCAGAGCCCGGCUCGUACUACACUCACCUCGGGGCGGCAGCGAGCCUGCCCGACCUACGGAACGAUCUUGAACGAAGAACCGGCCUUAAGGGAAACGCCAUUAGAUUCGAAAAGGUCAUCUACACCGGAAAGGAGGGGAAAACCACCCAGGGAUGUCCGAUGGCUAAGUGGAUAAUCCGACGAUCCGGUCUGGAGGAGAAGAUCCUGACCAUAGUGAAACACCGGCAAGGCCACAAGUGCCCUACAGCCUGGAUCGUCGUGGCGAUGGUUGCCUGGGAGGGGGUGCCGACCCACGAAGCCGACCGGAUCUAUUCCCUGUUGAGCCACAAACUGAACCGUUUCGGUCUGCCGACGACCAGGAGAUGCGGGACCAACGAGCCGAGGACCUGCGCCUGCCAAGGACUCGAUCCUGAUACCUGCGGCGCCAGCUUCUCCUUCGGCUGUUCCUGGUCCAUGUACUACAACGGCUGCAAGUACGCCAGAAGCAAAACCGUCCGUAAAUUUCGACUGUCAGUACGAUCGGAGGAGCAAGAAGUCGAAGAAAGAAUGCACGUCCUGGCGACGCUUUUGUCGCCGCUUUACCUCAGCCUUGCACCAGAAGCCUUCAACAAUCAGACGCAGUUCGAACGGGAAGCGAGCGAGUGCCGUUUAGGGUUCAAACCUGGCCGGCCGUUUUCCGGCGUCACAGCCUGCAUCGACUUCUGCGCGCACUCUCAUCGUGACCUGCACAACAUGAACAAUGGAUGCACCGUGGUGGUGACGUUGACGAAACACCGGUCGCUAUCGAAGCCUGACGACGAACAGUUACACGUGCUACCUCUUUACAUUAUGGACACCACUGACGAGACCGGGUCGAAGGAGGGACAGGAGGAGAAGGUCCGCGCUGGCCAUGUAGAAGUACUAACAAAAUACCCCUGCGAGGUAAGGGUCCGCUCAGUUCCCCUCCAACCCUGCAGACGGCACGGGAAAAAGCGGAAAGAGGACGAGCCGGACACAGCUAGCAGCAAGAAGGACGGCUCGAAGGGUUCCACCGAAAAGACGUCGGAUCAGAAUCGCGGGCCGAGUCACCAGGACCCGGUUAGGUCUCAGAUGAGGGACCCCCAGCUGUCUCUGGAGAUGGCGUCGAUGUUCGAGGGCAUGGACGCGCAGUUGCAGAGCUCCCAGGUGUCCUCGACGGUGCUAGACAGUCCUGUGUCCAUGUACCAAGGGUGGGGCUACCAGAACGAACAACAGUGGAGCAGGAACGGCUGGCUCGACCAGCGGAAGAACAACUGGCUAAAUCCCUGGGGCGAGUACUCGUUCGGUGGGCUGGACCGGGAUGCGAAGGUGGACCCCGACAGCACCAGUCUGGACGACACAAGGCCUAGAAGCGCGGUCUCCCAGGAGGAGCAUCGACCCGGCUCUAGGAACCUGCCGAACUCCACCAUGGACUCGCCGAGGAGUUGCUAUCCUCAUUCGCCAAGGGCGCAUCCCGUUUCACCGAGGAGUUCCCACGCGGGGACACCUGCGGAUCCCUACGCCAUGUCACCGAGGAGCUGUCCACCCGCGCCGCAGGACCAGAGGAUGGCGUCGCCGAGGAGCUCGUACCCCGAGGCCGGCUAUCCUGGCAGGGGCUAUCAGAACGUCUACGACAACAGACAGGGCAACGCGUCCCCUAAGAUCGGCUCGUACCCGCCUCACCUGGACCAGAGGAAUGUGCUAGUCCGCUCGAAUCAGCAACACGGCCAGAACAACCUGCGCAACGUCGUACAGGCCUGCGACCAAUCGAAAUUACCGUUCCCGAAGCUACCACAAGAUUCUAGUCAGAAGUAUCCAGUGACGCAGAACUACUUAGAGGCUCAGAGGUCGCAGGCCGAGCCGUUCCCGAACCGGGUCCAAGGACACUACCCGGCCCACCCUGUCCAGCCGGCGAGGAACUUCCCGUAUCAGGGUCAUCACAGCGACCCCAACGACGCUUUCUCCGGCGGGCUCUCGGUGUCGUCCUGCAUGGACAACAACGCUAGUCACAAACCGUUUGGCACCACCAACCCGGACCUCUUGCUCCACAGCUCCGCGCAUCUGACCCCCAACAAUCAGCCGCACGAACCUCAGAAUUACGGGUCGGUGGAUCAGAGGAAGUACCGUCAACAGAAGCCGGAACAAAAGACUGGCAUCAAUCAGAUGUCACCGGCGCCGUCCGAUCAGGCAGGAGGAGGAGGCUGGAACAUGUUGGGCUCCUGGUACCCGGACCAGCAGCAGGGUUACAGCAAUCAGGUCCAUGUUGAGAGGAACCAUCAACCGCCAGUAGAUCACCAGAAAACGUUGAAUUGGAACGACAGAAUGCAGCAGCCGGAUCAGUCGAAGCAGCACUGCUGGGAGGCACCGUCCGACCCCUCGCCCUUCCGGGUGCCGAAGGGCAGGCCUCCGUCGAGGACCGCAUCCAGCCAGAACCCCACGGACAAUACAUAUCAAAAUUCUUCCAAUAGGACGUUCCUUAAGCCGCAGGAUCCAGCGCGAAACGCGUACGCAGAUAGUCCGAGCAACCACGUCCAGAGCAGUGGACCCCAUAGCAAUCAGAGGAGGCCGGACUGGCCGGAGGACAAGACGAAGGAGGGCUACCACGACACCAGGCAGCCAGCGGGUAAUACGAACGCCAAUUGCUUCCCGUGGCCCGAGGAGGUGAAGCAGGUCCAAGACUUUCACGGGAUGCCCGGCCUUGGACAUCCGCACGCGUCCUUCCCGCAGUACGGCUACCCGACGUACCCUGUCUUCGACAAGCCGUACUCCAACUCCUGGGAAGGCUACAACUACCAUCAGCCGUACCACGGUCAGACGGCCGAGUACCCGCCGCAGUUCUAUCAGCAGCCAAAGAGGGAAGCCUGCUUCCCCUCGCCUCAGUACCCCUAUCAAGGAGUGCCCCCUUACCAGAGCCUUAACCCCAGCUGGGCCAGGUGGGACACUCCUCGAUGGGACAUCUAUGGCCCGCCUCCGUACUUCCCAGUGAUACCAGAGCCACCUCCGAAGGCCGAGCCCCUGGGCGAGGUUGCCGACUAUUCCGACAACGAGGAGUGCUUCAAGGACUCGCAGAUGGGUGGCAUUGCGAUCGCCUUGGGCCAUGGCAGCGUGCUGUUCGAGUGCGCCAAGCACGAGAUGCACGCUACCACGGCUCUCAAGAAGCCGAACCGACUGAACCCGACCAGGAUCAGCCUGGUGUUCUACCAACACCGGAACCUGAACCGGCCGAAGCACGGCUGGGACGAGUGGGAGGAGAAGAUGCGGCUGAGGAAGCUAGGCGUCACUGCCACCACUGCCACCACCAGCAGCAGCAGCAACACCUCCACCGCGUCGCAGCCGUCGACGCCAUCGACGCCGACCAGUCCUGCCACCACCACUGACAAGGCCACCCCCGUCCCCCACGUGCCGAACGUUCCCAGCUCGCAGUUCAUGAUGAGAUCGCCAACCUACACCACGAUGACCUGGACCACGCUGUUCCCCAUGCACCCGUGCAUGAUAACUGGCCCGUAUCAGGAAGGUGGCGCCAUCGGAUGAGUGACCGUCGGUGGCCACGGUUCCAGCCAUCGAUGAUGAACCGUGCCAGGAUUCGUUCGGUCGAUCUCGCUGACACUUGGAGGACGCGUCGACAGAGGACGCUAGGCCGCUGGACCCAGGCCGAGAGGAGGACGGGCAGCAGCUGGAGGAGCGGUACUCCUGAAGGGAUCAAACUAACCGUCGAGGGAGCUUCCUCGACUAGCCAUCGUCGUCCCGUAGAUGUCUCUACAGUCGUGUAACGACAGGACGUACACACACGAACACAACACGUUUGCACUGCCAUUUUUCUAUUUCACGUUUUUGCGGGGAGCACGAGGCUCAAACGGAGACCUGACGGGCGAACCAAGGGACAUACGACGAACACGGGGAAACGAGAGGACGGACACGGACGCGGAGUUUUAAAUCGGGGCUUCCCUUUUUUGAUACCGAUCUUUUACACGAAUCAUGGAUGUGUGGUCGACGUUCGCCGAACCGAUCCAGCGUCUGGAACACGCCGAAGAGGAUGCAGAAGGCAGCUGAGAACAGGUCUUAAGGUCGGGCCGCCUUAUGCGCGGUCGGAUCUCGCCAGUGUGGAUCACCGUGUGGAUGAAUGAGAGACGUAUCCGGUUGAUUGUACAUGUGUUUUCCUUUCUCGAAACGACGGUUUCGUGUUGGUAGAGAGUCGUGAUCGUAUUUAGCUAGUCCAAGCCUAGAGACGACGAGCGGUUCAAGCCGGUACAAAUUCCUGUACAAAGCCAGUUUACGAUUGUGUAUAGUCACGCAGCAGACGGGUCGUCGAUCUGCCAUUUUCUUUUCCGCACAUUGUCCUCGGUUAUUUAGCGAUUCACCCUAGGUAAACACCCACGGGCAGGGUAGACACUCCCGGACAAAGCAACCCUCCCACACCCACCCACCCCACAACACCCGCGAGAAAAAGGACGUUUUGAAGGUCGUGUGCACAAUCUCGACGAGACGAACAUAUACUCACGCACACAUGUACACUGAUACACUCACGGGGAUAAAGAGACACAAACACACAGACACACGAAAAUGAUCUCAAGUUUUUAAGAUAAUUAAACGAUAAUCGUCGACGUUUAAUUUCUUCUCAAAUUUCCUACUUCCCUCCCCCCCUCUCUGUCUCGCUUUCUCUCUCUCCACCAUCUGUCUUUCUACGCUGUUUCCCUUUGUUUGUUUUCGUUCGCCUAUUGUACAUUGCGCUUCUUAAUCAUCGUAUUUAUUUGUAAACGUUUUUGCACGUGUUUGCACCCACGUAGGCUCUAUCAUUACCGUGUACCGAUUAAUUAAGGGAGAAACCCCGGGGUGGGGGUUUCGCGGAUCACAGACACGACACACGGAGGUUAAAGAGCACACACGAAACCCUACACACAGCCACACAGAACUAUAUUAUACGGACGCGUGUAUACGCGGGUAAUUAAUUACUAACAAUUCUCGUCCUUCGGGUCGGCGCUGAGUACAAAGCAUCUUUUAUCUAACCUAAUGUCGAGUGGUGAGACGCGCGCGCGGGCGAGUUGACGAGGGAGGCGAAAGGGAGGAAAGAAGCGAGAGCAUUGGGAGAGCUUGAACGAGGGAGGGGGGACAGGCGCGCGACGGUAUGGAGGGGGAGGGUGCGCGCGUCCCAGGUUGUCGUCUUCUUCGUCAGUCACAGUUCUUCCGACUGUAUUUUCCAAGCCUUUUAGAGUCUAGCUCUUGGCCCUGCGAGCGCGGGGCCCGGAUAUCAGUUUUCUCGGGGCCCGGGAGGCGGGCCCCUCUCCGAGAGACAGCAGAGGACGAGGCCGUCGCUCUUCGGCGGACGAGGAGGACGACGGUUCCCAUCGGGUUCGAGAGAGUGCCAGAGCCAAACACGUCGACGACCCGCGUCGUUUUCUUCGCCCCUGCAACACGCAGCUAUUCCCCUCACUCCGGGGCCACUCGUGUCUCCUCGAGUUACCCCGACUGGUCUCUCUUGUCCGUUUCUCCCUUCUUUCUCUCUGCCUCGUUUCCAGCCAUCGAGUAGUCGGUCAGUGAUCGGAUAGAGGGUCAUAGAUCCGCGACGAGACGAUACGGAGGUAGCCGAGAGGACAGAGACGCGGUCCGAGGGCUCUUAACUUGUUCGUCCCCUAAUCCGGCGCUGUCCACGGUGGGGGAGCCUCGCUCGCCGGCUUCCCCUUCCACGCGCCCUUCUGCCGAACCGGGCAAAGACACAGCAAGUCUCUCUGCCGUUCUCGCGUCGGGGCGCGAUGGUGGGGAUACCGGUUGUCUUCAGUUCGCCUCCCGUGGAGAGCACAGAAUCUACACGACCACAAUUUAUUUAUUCGUUCGCGGGACGAUCGUUCUUGUUACGCGAAUCGACGCGGGCUCCUCCCUCCUCCGUUUUGGCUGUCGACACCAUUGGCCGAUGACCGGGUCACCGGAUGCCGGCCGGCGCAGGUGGCACUUCGGGCGGCACAGAAGCCGCAGAGAGGGGAAGACGCGUCCGGGACCCUCGCCCAUCGGAGUAUUAUAAGAAUCAUUAAUAUAUUAUCAUUCAUUAUUAUCAUAACGUAGUAGUAAUAAUAAUUAUUAGCGGCAAAACAGUAAUAAUUAGCGAUAUAAUCUAAUUUAAUCGAUUAUUUAUUAAUUAAGUUCUUGAUGAAACGUGUUGUUCUAGUUGCUAUUUCUAUUAGUUCGUUUCUGUCCUCUUCUUUCUCGUCUCUUUUUUUUCGUUUGCCACCUUCUUCUGUUCUCCCGUCUUUCUCUUCGGUUUUUAAUCACGCAAGCGGUCGAUUCGUCCAGCCCGGUUCGAGGACCCCCGGUCUCAGAAGCGUGCUUCUGCGGUUUAUCAUUUUCUUUCUUGUUUUUGGAAAAAUAUUUUCGCGCUCGACGUUUCUCACGCUAGUCCGUGCUAGGUUCUCGAUUUCGAUCGAGACAGACAGACAUCGCGCCACCGGUUUUUUGUUCACGCGCGACUCCGGGAUCCCCUAGAUCGUGUACGGAACGACGGGGCAGUCGACGAUCGAUCGUCGCCAGAGAUCUAUUUUUUAAUCCUGAUCGGCGUCUCGCGACGGGCGAUGUUCCGCUCGUGGACGGGGCCCGAUCACGGCCAGUCAAUUAAGCGGAAAUCUUUCUGGCGGGAGAGGUUAGUUCCCGAUCGAUCCGUUCAGGAAAAACGCCGAGUUGUCUCCACGAGAUCUUCGACGUCCGUUUCUUUCUUCUCGCUGACUCUUUCCGUUUCGGACCUCUGCCGGUCGGCGAGCACAUUCCUUCUCACUCCCGGCGCCCUCUGGGGCGACUUCCGGUUCGGCCACGAACGCAUCCCUCCGGUAGAAUUCGCUGGACCGUCCCGCCGAUGGUGCAAUCGCGGACGCGCUGACGAUUUCGUUCCGCCGAUGAUUCUUCCAUGGUUUCAAACGACAAUCAAAACGUUUAACGAUCGAUUCCCAAUUGUAAAUAACGAGUCACGGGCAAUUUUCGAGUUCUAGUGCUUCAAGUUUCAAAGAAGUGACGGUUUUACUGCAUCGCGUCAGCGUCGAGGAAUUGAACCGUUUCGAACGAUUCCUAUGUUUAUUUCAAGCCCUAACCUAGAACGGCGCGCACGUGCCCGGCCAGACACCGCGUGUUGCAAUCGGAACCACUGGACGAAUGGGAAAUUUUAGGUUAUGAGUCUAUCACGGAAUGAAGAAUUAAUCAAGCACAGUCUUUUGAAACGCGACGAGGAAUUCCUCUUGGUUGAAUUCGAAUAAGAAACAAAGAACCGCGAACUAGUAAACUAGAAAGUUUGACAAUAAUUCUUCAAGCACGGUCUUUUUAAACGCGGCGACGAAUUCUUUUUAGUUGAAUUUUAAUCGUAAUUAACCCUCUGCACUCGAAGCCAUUUUAAUUAUAAAACUAAAAUCAUUUUUCUAACUUAUGGUAUUUCCAUUUUAUGUGAAAAAGCGUAUUUUAUGCAUACAAAAUUGGUUCUGGCAGCUCAGUUAUGCGUGUAACAAUUUUAUAAGUCUAGACUUUGAUAAUAUGAAAAUUAUCUCGGAACGUGAUACAACAAUUUUAACAAUAAAUCUAAGUUUUAACUGUAAAUCUCUGAAAUAAUUUCGUUAUGCAUAUGGAAUCGAGCCUUGUGAAUCAGUUACACUUUUAACAAUUUUAUAAAUCUAGGCUCUGACAAUAUAAAAGUUAUCAUGGAACGUGAUGCACCAAUUUUCGUGCUGUCUCAGAGUCCCCGCUCGAGUGCAAACGGUUAAAGAUCCACGAACCAGCGAACUUUCUCAAGGACAAAAUUCUUCGAGCACAGUCAUCUUAAACGCAGCGACGAAUUCCUCUCAGUUAAGUUUGAAUCAUAAAGCCAUGGAGUAACCGCGUCGAUCACACUUCACUCGCGCACGUUUUGUUCUCCGAUCACGGCCCACGAACUCUGACAGAGCCGAGCCGCAGUGCGCGCAGCGCGACGAGUCAGCGAACGCGAGCGGCGCGCAUGGACGACGAUCACGUGACCGGCGCUGGCGGCCGAAGCUAUUGGCCGGCAACUGGACGGCUCAGGCGCGGCUUUCGGGGGUCCUUGGAGGGGGCCCUCGUCCUGCGAGCCUGCGACGUGAACGUGGACUUGCCAGCGUCGUAAACUUGAUCGCUGACACGUUCGGCUGGACGUACUUUCAGAGCUGCUCUUUCAAGAUGGCUUCGCGGUCGCGAUCGGCGAAUAUCGGGGAUCGAUGUGCCGCUUCCACGCGCGAUCAGGGCGAUGAUACGGGAGGAGAGCUAUUUUUCGAGGGUUUGGGGGGACGAAAGGCAAUAAAAGGGGUGGGAAGGCGAAGAGGUGAAUACGGAGCUGUCGUUGCCGCUUCUUUUCUUCGUUUCCAGAUUUUCUGCUUGCCACAGGAACGGCGGAAACUCGGGAUUCUAACGCGACGAUGCCAAAAUAGUAUUAAAGCUGGACGCUGCGAGGGAAAGAGCGGGAAAGGAAGGUUAGAAAUUUAAGGGCGCGCGCGCGCGGCGGCGGGGAUUUAUUGUUGCGGUUAAGCUGUUGCGCGCACACACAUACAAACUCACACACACAUAAACACACGGGUGGUCGCGCGCGCCGUCCGUGAUCGCAGUCGAUCGAUUUGUUUCCGAGGAAGAACGGCCGUGCGUAGAGAAAACAAAGGAACGAGAAAAUUGAAAAUUUUAUUUCGAGGGUCGCGAGUUUUUGAGCGUGUGGAACGGAAUGAGAGGGAGAGAGAGAAAGGGAA